CGACAGAAAGUGAAACAGAGCGGUACGGGUAGUCCGACUGGGACGGGACUGUCCUCCGGCAUCUGCUGUGGUCCCGAAUGACGUUUUAUGUCAAACCAUAAAACGGGAAAAUAAAAAAGCAAGCAAAAUCAAGACAUAAUUAAAGAUUGCUGGCAGAAAUCGCUACGCACAGAGCCAUUUGAGCACAUUUACGGCAGAAGCGGACUGGAAAUCGCGGACUUUUUGCUGAACUGUUUAAGUUUGCUGUCAGGUCGCACUAGGGGGCUGCAAGCUGCACGUCGGGGGGCGUGAGCCGCGGAUUUCUUUUGGUGAGUUUCGGGCAGUCCGGUUAGAUGUCUGAGAAGCUUUUCUGGAAAUGAUAAAGCGACGCUGAAGCUGAAAUAUCUUACGAUAAGUUUGCAAAAAUAGCUUGUACGAAGCAAAAACUGGAAUAUAAAGUAAAACAGCUGGACGGGCUGCCGGCGCCACACCGGGGACUUGAAGUAGAAAGCAAAUCUCGGAGCUGCCGCGCUUUAAAAACAAACUCCCUACAACCCGCCAGCCCCCGCUUGGUGGAGGACAAGGGUAACUGGCGAAUAUAUUGGGUUUGUGAGAAAGUCGAUUUGAUCUUAUUAUUAUUAUACUUGUUCUUGCCGACAUUAUAUGUACCUGGGUAGGUGCAUGUUCAUUGGAGACAGAAGAAAAACCAGCAUAGAGCUGACCGUGAACUACAUCACAGUUAAAGUCGCGCAGAAAACGUGAGCUGGAAUUGUCCCUGAGGUUUUACGUGUGUACUAAUGAGGGGCCUGAAAAUGUGAACAUCCUAAGUGCUGCAGCCACCAUGCCCCCGUUGGCCACCUGCUUUGUGGCCGGGUUACCCCCCCAGCUGAGCGUGGCUGCAGUGAAGGGCAGCGGAGCCCCAGCGCCGUCCUGCUGUCUGAUUGUGUCCCAGUGCUGACAGGGGAGGGGAGGAAAGACGCAGGGAGAGAAUAUGGGCAACUCAUCUAAGAAGGAGGCCGCUGAAGGGGGAGAGGGUGGUGCGGUGGCAGAGGAGGUUGAGGAGGGGGCAGAGCAAAAGAAAAAAGAGGAGGAUGAGCCAUAUUAUGACCAGGAACUGCCACCACAGGUGGAGGAUAGUGUUGAAUCUCGGGAAUCAAUGCUAGGGCUGACCUUCCUAGGCCUGAGCAAUCUGCCGACCCGCAUCUGCUCACUAACGCAACUGGAGAAGCUGUUCCUCUCUAACAACCGUUUACAGAAGCUACCAAAUGCCUUUGCCCAGCUGGAAAGGUUGCGUGUCCUGGGUCUCGACCAGAACAAAUUUGACGAUAUACCGUUAGUAGUGUGCGAGCUGGUAAACCUCACCCACCUCUACCUGAGCAACAACAAGCUCCUGACUGUGCCUGUAGAGUUGUGCAACUUAGAGAACCUGCGCUGCCUCUGGUUGGACGGUAACUACUUCCAGCAUUUCCCCCGGCUCCUCAUGAAAUUGCCCAACCUUAGCUCACUGCAGCUGGGAGACAAUAUGAUAAGGGAUCUGCCCAACAAUCUGUGGCGCAUGGAACAGCUACAGGGCCUCUGGCUCUAUGGCAACCGCUUCAGCAAGUUCCCGAAAGUGCUGACGCGCAUGGAGUACCUGGAGGUCCUGGACUUGGACCGGAAUCAGAUCCCUUCCUUACCUGAUCUAGACCACUUGCCUGCCCUGCGUCUGUUCGCAUAUGAUCUAAAUCCUGUCAAGGUCCCCCCCAAAGUGCUUGAUGAGGUGAUGCUGGUGGGACCGGGGGCAGCUGAUCUCAGGGAUGCAAGGGAACAGAAGUUGGAAGAAGAGAGACAGGGUGCUGAAGAAGAAGCUGCAAGGCACGCUGAAAUGGAGGCCAAGUUGCUACUCAAGAUAAGGCUCAAAGGGCCAACACAGUUGUCUACCUUGGCACCGGAGCAAGAGCCGGAGCAGGAGCCGGGCACCUCCCCCGAUCGCCAGCCCAAUGGCGUGGCUGAUGGGAUGGUGAAUGGGGUGGGGCUAGAUGGUAGAGAGGGCCAAUGAAUUAUCAAGUAGAGGGGAUGCAGGCAGUGUUACUGUGUGAGAAGGGUGGGAGGGAGUACGUAAGUAUAAGCAAAGCCCCUGUCAGGGUUCGAUUUGGCAGACAAAACUGGAGAUGGAUGGUGAGGAACCAUAGAUGCUUAUGUGGGACAUAACCCUCUGCCCCCCGCCCUCCUAGGGACAAUAGACGUUCCAGAACAUAAAAAUACAAAAUCAGGACCAUAAUACCCAGCAAUUAUUAUUGACAUUAUUAUUUCUGACUUGGUGUAUUGGAGUUCACUUGCCACUGGCACAUGAGCAUGGCGAUGGUCUCUAUCGCCGGGGAGCACAGCUAAGGAUGCAACUCCUUCCCGGUCCCUGAGCAGAUGCUGGGAACUUCUUGCGUCCAGAGAUUAUCCAGCUUGAAUGUGAAUAUGCACAUGCUGCACACUUUACAGAUGUGGGUGAGUUGGGAGCGAAGAGCAGGGCGUGACAACAGAAAGUUAGAGAUGUGUGAGUGUGUGUUUGUGUGUGUGACGUGACAUAGACAUAGGCUUGACUGUGUCAAUGAUUCAUCUAUUCUGGUUACCACACGGUAUGAGUGUUUAGUGUGACGUGUGUACAGAAACACCACAGAAACACAUUUAAUCUCUUCUCAUUAAAUAAUUGCUGAAGUGACGUUUUCUGCUGUCAUCUAUUGGCUCAAACCGCUUCAGCGUUUCCGUCUCUGACCUGUGCGCUCGUGGUGCAGUAAUCCAUCACACGCCUUUAUGUCAGACUAAUGCAACUCCAAUAAAUCUCUCUAAACACAUGUAGUUAGGCAAAGUGUGUCUUUAAAGCUCUCGGAGUGUGUGAUCCUGUGAGUGUGUGUAUGUGCUCCUUGGGGUAGGUUCCCUGUGACCUGUUGCAGCUAAGAGGUUGGAAGGUGGAUGGAUAGAAGAAGCAACAUCUGGCAUAAGUCUUAGAAGCUAAGCUAGAAUUUUUGGAAAUAGUGCUUUUGCAUUGUAUCAGAAGUAUAAUAUGUUAUAUACGUUACAGAGAGGUUUUAUUCGUGUUUGCUUUAUGGAUCAAGUAUGCACCAAAACAUAUGCUGCAUUCUGUUUAC